AGGGGAACCGUCUAGUUUCCGGUUUUGGGCUGGAAUUGACACACAAUGAGGAGUCGGGAGCAGCCGUUCAAAAGCCUUCUGUAAAUAAACAGGACCUUCAUCAGCCCGGCGAACUAUGGAGAAUCAGUGCACGGUUCAGGUAAAGCUUGAGCUGGGUCACAGGGCCCAGCUGAGGAAGAAGGUGACGUCAGAGGGCUUCACCCACGACUGGAUGGUGUUUGUGCGAGGCCCUGAGAACAGUGACAUUCAGCACUUUGUGGAUAAAGUCGUCUUCCGGCUGCACGAAAGCUUUCCUAAACCCAAGAGGGUGUGUAAGGAGCCACCAUACAAGGUUGAGGAGUCGGGAUAUGCUGGUUUUCUGAUGCCCAUAGAGGUCUACUUCAAAAACAAGGAGGAGCCAAAGAAGGUGUGCUUCAAUUACGACCUCUUCCUUAACCUGGAGGGAAACCCACCUGUCAAUCACCUGCGCUGUGAGAAACUAACCUUCAAUAACCCCACUCGUGACUUCCGUCGCAAGCUAGUCAAGGCUGGAGGGAUCAUGGUGGUCCCAGAGGGGGCAGAGGUGGUCCCCAGACCCAGCCCAGACUACCCCAUGCUUCCAACCAUCCCACUCUCUGCCUUUUCUGACCCUAAGAAGAGCAAGGCUUCACAAGGAUCAAAGGAGCCUAGUAAAGAGGGAAGCAAAGUGUCGAAAUCCCACAAAAUGGCCAAGGAGCAUCGAGAGCGGCCACGAAAAGACUCUGAGAGCAAAGCCACAUCCAAAGGGGAUGUUGAACGGGAUGGCAGCAGCAAAAGUAGCCGUGACCCUUCCUCAUUUUCAUCUUCAUCAUCCAAGAAAACAGAGAUCAAAGUGAAGGACGAGAACAAAGUCGUGCCCAAAGCUGCUUUCAAGGAGCCCAAACUCACGCAGAAGGAGUCCAAAAUGGAAGGCAUGUCUCCUAAAGGAGGGGGAGCGGGGUCAGCGGGCGGUGGAGGGGGAGGUGGAGCGGCCGAUGGAAAAGCACCCAGCAAACGACCUUCCAAUGCGGAGUCACCCAAACCUAGUGUCAAGAAGCCAAAGAAAGGGGGUUCAGAGGGGUCAAAAGGCUCCAGCAGUGGGGGGUUCACCGGCACCUCCCCCCGCACCGCAUCUUCUUCCACGGCCUCCUCGGGAUAUGCUGAUAAGAAGGCCUCUAAAGAGAAGGGCCGCUGGGCCAAGGGCAAGUCAGAGGCCCAGGAGGUCAAGGAGUCCAAGAAGCCUCCGGAAUCCGAUGACUCCAACUCAGAUGAUGAGGCCUCGUCUAAGUCUGAGCAGUCAGCACCUUCCAGCCCGUCUAAUUCCAGCUCCAGCUCAGAGUCCAGCUCCGAUUCAGACUUUGAGCCACAGCAGAAACAAGGCCAAGGCCCGCUGCGCUCUAUGGUGGAGGACCUCCAGUCAGAGGGGUCUGAUGAUGACGAUAGCAGCUCAGACACAGAGACACCAGUCAAGAACAACCUGCCCAGUCGAGACUCCAGGUCUUUCUCCCUCUUUCCUAUCAAUGCGUACACUGAAGAGCUGGUAGACCUUCAUCGCAGGCUGAUGGCGUUAAGAGAGCGUAACGUUCUACAGCAGAUCGUGAACCUCAUCGAGGAGACCGGACACUUUAAUGUCACCAACACAACUUUUGACUUUGACCUUUUCUCAUUGGAUGAGUCAACUGUCCGUAAACUACAGAGCUACCUGGAGGCCACCGUGCUCCUCCAGGAAGUCCAUCGAGACUGGGGGGGACGGGGGGAGGGCUGCCCUUUUUCACAUCUUUUGUCCUGAGAGAGGGCUGCAAAAGGUGAAAAUCUGUUCACAGGAAAUAAAACCGUGGGAAAUCACGAAAAAAGGAGUGAAACGUACAGUAUUUUGAGGAGGAAGUGCAGCUAUGUACCAACACUACAACACUUCUUCUCUCCUCCUCAAUAUCCUGUUGGACAUAAAGUUAUCUUCUUAACGGGGCCAGAACUGCUAGAGGGUCAUAUUCGAAUCAGCCGGAAAGAAAAAAAAGUCUCCCUGUAGCCAUACACACUGAUGCAUCAAGGGUUGCAACCUUUUAUAUUUUAUUUUUGUACCAAUGUUUUUCAAGGUAUUUUUGAUUGUGGUCGGAAAAGGAAGCCCCGCACGCCAUGAAUGUAUCGCUUUUUAUCCUCUAGUGCUAGACUUAGUGCCUUUUUCACACCAUCUCAUUUGUGCUCUUAGGAAUUACAGCAGUGUUAUCUUUCACUCCGAGUUUAGUCAAUCCUUCUGUAUAUGUGGGAUCCCUGGAUAUCGUCCCAGGGUGAUUCUGAUUUGUAUGCCAAUCUGUAUCAAUCCUCAUUUAUGUGUUCGCCAAACGGGCCUUAGAACUUAAAUGUCGUGCAUUGCUAGUGCAGCUUGUGAAAGUAUUUGGAAAUCUGUGUUGAUCUCAGUGUUUUCUGUCAUCAUGUCUGGUUUAUUCAUUAGACUAAGCGGGAGAGACAAAAGAAAAGGACGAGACGCGCUGUUUUCCUCUCAUGUGGCCCCUGAAACAGCAGUCUGUAGAUUCACUGUGCUUCUGACUCUGACUCUCUCUCAGAGCGACUAUAUCUCGACUUCACUGACUUCACCUCUGUGUCCAUUGUUAUGCUAAUAGCUUUAAGAGGCUCCGUGGCCUGAGCUGCAGACCACAUGCCCUUAACUUCACCCUGCGAGAGUCUGGGAGUGUCGUUUGCACGAGUUUUGAAUCUCCAGCUGAUUCGCCUGAAUGUUAACGAACAAAAAUGUUUAUGGCUUUGUACUGAUUUAGCAUAUUUGUGCGGUUUUCAACGAGAGAAUGCUUGAGUGUCAUGUGUGUGAACUUUUGACUCCCAGUUCUUGGUGUGUGAACUUUAACCUUUGACCGGAUACUGGUUCAGGUCAGCCUGUCAUAAAGAGGUGGGACACGAGGCAAAGGGGGUUGAGUUCAGUGAACUUGAGUGGCAGCUCUGAAAAGAGCACACCCGGUUGUUGUUGCUGUUUUUUUAAACAUUAUUUGAGGGGGUUAUUUUUUAUUUAUGUACCUCUGCACUUUUGGCUUUGUUGACUCAAAGACUUAAUUGUCUAAAUUGUAUUUUUAAUAGUUUUAUACAAUAUUUACAUGCAAUAUGAUAUUAAUUUGUCAAUUAUUGUCAAGAAAUGCCAGUUUUUAUGGAAUUUUAGUUUUUCUUUUUUUUUUCCCCUCUGUAUCUGCACAUUAUAUCCUCAUAGACUGUUAAACGUGACCAUCAGAACUUGAAAAUGUUACUUCAGGCCAAUUUAUGAGUUCAUGGCAGGGUGUGUUUGUAUAUCAGAGUUGAAUUUCUACAAGUUGACAUCUAGCAUCUGUUUUGUUGUAGCCUCAUUAUUAUCCACUACAAGGGGAGGACUGCAGAUUUGCGAAAUGAACAAGUAUUUGUUAAUGUAUUUGAUUUAAACCGAGCUGAAAAGCUGGUUUGCUUGUCUUCGAGUGGUUUUGUGGCACUUGUCACGGUUAAACAAGCUAAGCUCUUUUUUUCCCCCAGCAGAAAAGUGGAGAACCUCUGUGUUUUGUACAUGGGAUGCAGCAAAGUAACACUAAUGGAGGGGCAAAUAUUUCAGACAGUCACUUUACACAGAUACACAUGUAUAGUAGACAGUGGGCGUCUUAUCUACAGGAAUCUGAGGAAACAUUAAUCGACGGUUAAUACGGCAUCAUUUUCACAUAGUUCGCUUGCAGGUUCAGAGAGCUGUCUUUUGUCAGUCAGUGGUGGUUUUAUUUGUGUUUGUGAGCGAGGAAGAACUUGCUGUAUUUAUCCGUGGGGUUUGGGGAGGUCUGGGUUUUUACAUGUACUGAUAACGUGACAGAAAACCUUCCGUGAUCUGAACAGAAGAGUAACCUUUAGUAUGAUGUGUUAAACUUGGCAUACGAUGCCACCAUGUGGCCAUUUGAUGCAAGUUGUAAUAAGGGCAAAAGUUGUUACUUUUUAUGUUUUUAUUGCAAAAUCAUAUUAUGAAUAAAGUCAAUU